ACCAUCAUACUUAUUUUAUCCUAAAUCUAUCAAUUCCAAAUGUGCCACCAAAUAUAAUGAAAUGGUGAAGUGUAUAUCAAUAAAUGGUUAUCUAAAAUUAACAUGCACAGUGUACGGUAUUCGUUGCUUUAUGUAGGUUGAAACUGGAUGGGCUGAAAUUAAAAUUGUGACAGACCAGACCGUAAAUGUUUAGUGCGAACAAUAGAUGACGAUGACUUCUUUGGAGGAAGAUGGAACGUCAACGACGGAAGAGGUACCAAUAGGUAAUCCCGAUGAACUUACCAAAAAUCCAGUCGCAUUGAAAGAGGCCCAUGAGCAAAUGGCAACACUAGAUGUCCUAGUCUGUGGACAGUGCCAUUCAGCAUUUCACUUAAUUGAGGAAUUUAAAGAACACAAGAGUGGUGAAAACUGUACUGGAAAAUCUCCUGUGAGAGACAGUAAUGAGAGCAAAGCUCAAGUAUGGGCUUUUCUUUUGUGGAAAUGUUCUUCAUCUCGAGAUGGUUCGGUGGGGAAUACGGACAACAGUUGGAAGCUAUACCAACAAUGGUGUCGUAUGCCUGAGGCCCAGCGCACUGCCUGGAUUACUGCAGGAGCAGAUGUUCAAGCAUUGUCCAAGUUUGCUCAUGCUAAAGUUAUGGAAGUUAAGACUGAUGAUCAACUUGUACCAGUGCAAACUCCAAGUCAUGAAACUAAGAAACGUGGACGACCCAAGAAAACAGUAAAAAUGGAAGAUUCAGAGACUCAGCCCUCAGGUGAAGAGAGUGAUGGCAUUGUUGCUAAUAGGAAGAAGGUGUUUACUAACAAGACGUCCAUUUCACAUAAUGUCUCUAAGAAUAAGCAGCACGAGUACAAAGACGACAGAGAGUCGGUCCGCAGCGCGCAGGAGCGCGUUCCGCCCGAGAACCGCAUCGCGCGGCGCACGGAGCGCGAGGGCGCCGACCCCGCGGAGGCGGGCGAGUUCGUGGUGGACCGCAUCCUCGCCAAGAGGUUCAACCCGCGCCGCAAGCAGUACGAGUACCUGCUCAAGUGGGAGGGGUAUCCGCAUGACCAAAACACAUGGGAGCCGGUAGAGUACUUGGAGACAUGCAAGGAUUUGUUGGAGGCGUUUGAGAAGCAGCUCGCAAGGCAGAAAGAGAUCAAGGCUCAGCGGCAACAACAGCAGCAACAGAAACAACAUCCUGUACAGGUGAAACAAAUCAACGUACCUUUGCCCCAGGUUGUCAAAUCGGUGAUGAAGAAACCCGAGAGCCCGGCGCUCACGCCUUCAGGGCGUCUGCAAAGAACUAGCAAAGUGCGAGCACUGGAUCAAGUGAAGGCGUGGUGCGGCGCCGAGGACGAGCCGGCCGCCAAGAAGAUCAAGAAGGAGGCUUCCAGCGAAGACGAGGACUACUCAGACGGCGAUACCAUCAAAACAAUAGAGAAGAAGGUUCUAAACGGGCAAUCUUCACCAAAGGCCAACAUCGAUCCCGAGCUAGUGAAAUCACUAGGUUUGGGCGGUAAAGGCAUGCCUAACAUCAAGGGAGUCAUCAAGGUGGACCCCAAACAUAUGCCCAACCUCUCAACUGGUGUGUACAUAAUGUCUAAAAGCUCUGGUAUCAUGAAGAUCGACUCUCCCGGUAAACUAGGUCCAGGGCUAAACAUAGACCAAGACGUCAUCCGGAAACAGAUAUUGGCUGCAAAACAGAAAAAGACAGUUGAAGAACAGAAAAAGUCAUCGCCUUUACGCACUCCGGUCACACAGGUGAAGAAGACGUUCGGUUCCGGCGGUCAACAAGUGACUGAGCGGACAAUAACCACGCCCAGCGGACAGAAGAUCAUCCAGCGGACCAUACAGCGGCCUAGCGGAGUGUCCGCCGACCGCUCGCCCGUCACCAUACUCAACAAGAAGCUAGCACAGCAGGGUGACAGCCUGCUGCGGCGCGGCGGCGCGGGCGGGCGCGGGCGCGGGCGCGGCUUCACGUCCGUGUCCACGGCGGCCGGCAACAUCGUGCGCAUCCGCGAGAAGCCCGCCCUGCCUGUCCCCUUCGACUUCGAUCAGUCGGACGCGUCGUCGGACACGUCGGACGGCAUCGAGGACCCGUUCCCGACGGAGCUGGGCCCGCUGCCGCCGCCGAGCCCCGAGCGGCCGCUGUCGCUGUGCCCGCUCACGGGCCGGCGGCUGGCGCGCGCCGAGGGCGAGCCCACGCCGCCGCCCACGCCGUCGCCGCCGCCCACGCCGCCGCCGCCCGCCACGCCGCCCUCCACGGCAGCCGGGACUAUGCUCAUGAAGGUGGAGAUGUCACCUGGCGGCACCACAGGAAUGUUGGUGCAAGGUGAUGUAGCUCAACCCUCUCUGCCUGUCCUGACUGACGAAGAUGGUUCUGAAGUGAAAGUGGAAGGAGCGACGGUGAAACAGUUAUUGGAAGGCGAUGAUGGCGAGGAAGUCAGUUUAUUGCACACCGGUCACCCACCCAUCAUGAUCCGGGGCGAGGACGGCGUCCUUUACCAGGUGGCCGGAGAGAACGAAGCCGGCCAAACGUUAUUGGUGGCGGCGGAAGGCGUGGAGGGAGCGGUGGAAGGGGAAGCUGGCGUGGAGGCGGACGGGGACGGCGUCAUGUACGUCACGAGAGACGACGGACAGGACGUGCUAGCAAUCGACCCUUCACAGUUGGCCCACCUGAUGCCCGGCGGCGGCGCGCCGCUGCAACAAGUUGCGGUGCAAGUGGAGGGAGAGCCCGGCGAGGACGCCACGCAGGUGAUCGCGCAACUGCUGCAGGCCGAGCUGCCGUCUCCCGGUGGUACAAGGCGGGUAGUACUCAUGUUACCAGACGGCACAUUAACGAUGACGGAACUAGACAAAGAACAGUAUGAGUCCAUCACAGAGGCGGGGAGAGCGCAGGAAUGAACGUUAGAGCCGGAAUUGAGGAGGAUCAUAUGACUGACUACAGUGUAGUCUGACCCCUUAGUCGAUGCACAGCAUAGAAAUCGGAAUAAUAUUAAACAAUACAAAUAACAUAAAUUUCCUUGAAACUAUAUGAAGGAUGCGUCGAUGUCAUUUAAAUCUUAUAAUUGAGUCCAUAAUCUUAUUUUAUUCCGAAUUUUACGGCGCCCAGGCACUACAAAAAGUUAAGUUUGUAAAGAAUGAUUUUUGGCAGAUAUAUUAUAAUGAACAUUCCUUUUAUGAACCGUAUUUACAAUCAUUCAUGAAUACUGCACGACAAAUCUUCGAAAUAAACUGAAUAGUAAGAAUGUUCGUACACAUUAAAUUUGUUAUUAAUGUUAGAUAUAUAAAAAAAUAUAUUAAAGCUUAGAUAAGGAUCAAUUGAGUAAAUACACAGUGAAACCGUGUUGAGUUAACUCACAGGAGUCUUCAAUAGAAUAAAAAUUGUAUGAGCAAGUGGCAACAAAACAGUAGAAUAUAGUCAUAAAAAUGAGAGUCUUAGAUUAGUGUGAGUGUGUCUAAAGCAAUGUUUUGUAAAUAUAAUGUUUUAAGGUCUCUAAGUACUGUAUAGUAAAUUCGAUAUUCGAAUUAUCUUUAUAAGAUCGUCAUCUUAAUUAUAUUAGGUCUGGUAAUGCUAUUUUAGGGUUUUGAUGUCCGUGUCAUUUCAUAACAAGAUUUACAAUAAAACAUUAGUAAAUUCUUAAAUAAAAAAAUUUCAAUAGAUUUUUUUACAUUGAUAUGUAACAUCAUAAUAUAGAAUGGUUUAUAUUUUAUUAAAUUAUUUUGGAUAUUAUAACAUGCAUUUCCAGUAACACAUAAAAUAUUUAUACAUUAUUUUGCUACAUAUAAGUAAGAUACGAAAUGACACCACCAACGAAUGCUGCAUGCCUUUGUCUUUAUUUGUUUUAUAUUGAUAAAGGAACGAUCAAUCAUUUUUUACUAACAAUGUCAAUAUUAAUUUAAUGCGCAUUUAUUAUUUUAUAUGUCUGGAAAUAUUGCGUAGACAAUUUUUUCCCACUUGUCACAAUCCCUGCAUACCACUUUCCAUUCCUCAUUCUCUUCAUGCAAGCUGGUCGGUUUAGUGUACUCGUAACAAUUUAUUGUUUGGAUUAUUUAUGUUAAUUCUUUAAAAUCGAUGAUGAAAAUUCACUACUUGUUAUUAUGAAGUUACAUUUUAGCUUUUUUUUUAAUUUGGGAACUAGUCGCUAGCGACUACAUAGUGCACCAAUUUGAUGGGAAUCCUGUAAGAAAAGACUGCAAGUAUGUUAGUUAGUAUUAUGGUGGUGCAACUUAAUUAGUGCUUACUUUAAAUUUGAAAAUCAAUUUAUGUAAAUAAAUGGAUGAUAAAAAGAGAUCUAGACUUCUGUGUUUACCGUCGUGCACAAUGACUUCUUAAACAAAACCCCCGACACUAUUUCUUCGUAGUGUAUAAUAUAAUUUAAUACCUAUCAUAUAUACCUAUCAAAUGUAAACUGACAUUUUGAACCGAUUUCCAUCAAACUUAGCUAAUUAGAAUCCCCAAGCACAUUUCAAUUAUAAAAAAGAUUAAAAAUAUUGGUUCAUCCAUUCGGAGCUAAGUUUUAUCGUCAGGGGUCGGGCGGGCGGUAAUAAUAAUGGAAGGUACUAAGAUUCUAGCAAUCCAAUAGAAAUGCCAAUUUUCAAUUCAAAUGUAAUUUUUGUGUAAUAAAUUAAAUCUAAGGUACAUACAUAA